AAUGCAUUCAGGUCGUUGAAUUGUCGUUUUCUUCUAAACAAACGGUUGAAAACAUUCAUUAAAGGAGUUUUUGAAUUAUUUGGAAAAGGACAGAAAGAGGAACAAAAAGAACCACAUAAAAUUAAAUUGCUUAAACUCGAAGCACAUCAACAUCAAAUCGUUAAUCCACUUCUUAAACAAACGUAUGGUGUGGUUAAUUUGAUCGAACCUGAUGGAUACUCCGUAAUUUCGGAUAUUGAUGACACGAUUAAACAAACUGAGAUCUUAGAAGGUGCGAGAACCGUCUUUUCUAAUACGUUUUUAGAAGAGGCCAAAGAGGUUCCAGGAAUGCCCGAGUUAUACCAUAAAUGGUAUGACAGAGGUGUGGCUAUUCAUUACGUGUCCAAUUCUCCUUGGCAACUAUUUCCAAUGUUACAAGCUUUCUUCGAUAAAUCUGAUUUCCCUCCUGGUUCUGCACAUCUUAAAUUUUAUGAUGGUUUGUUCAAAAGCGCGCGUGAACAAAAACAACAUCCAAUGGAAAGCAAAUUCAUAUACAUAAGAGAACUUCUUAGAGAUUUCCCUAAACGCAAAUUUAUUCUUAUUGGUGACACGGGGGAAUAUGAUCCAGAAAUUUACACAACAAUUUAUCGUGAGAAUCCAAGUCGAAUUCUUCGUAUAUUUGUCAGGGACGUAACUACAGAACAUAUAAAAAAUCAACCGGCACAAUCACCACAUCAAUCUUUUAUUAAUCAGGACUAA